CCUCAAACAGAAGCUAAAAGCCUAAGACCUGAGAAUCAAAAUGCCCUCCUGGAAAUUCUUCAUGUUCUUUCUUGUUCUAUAUCAUGUUAUCGGUUUAACAAGUGCAGCUGAUCCGAACUAUCUUUUCCAUGAUUGCCCAAACACAACAACUUUUAACAGAAAUAGCACCUAUCAAUCUAACCUCAAAUUUCUCCUCUCUUCACUUGUAUCUAACGCCGCCCGCAGCAAUGGAUUCUCCACCGGUUUCUACAACGCCACCGCGGGCCAAGACCCUGACAAGGUCUACGCUCUCUUUCUUUGCCGACUUGUUUUCACUCCCACCGCCUGUCAAGAGUGUGUUAGUUUUGCUACCUCAGACAUUCUUAAACGUUGUCCUGUUCAAAGAGAAAGUAUAAUUAUGUACGACCCGUGCGUUUUACGCUACUCAGGCGAGUAUAUCUUUUCUACCAUGGCCGCUAAGCCCGCUUUUAUUUUGUACAACAUUAAUAAUAUUACGGAACCAGUCCGGUUUAACCAGCUAGUAAGGACUACAAUGAAGGAAUUAGCAGAUGCGGCUGUUGGCUCCCCUAAAAAAUUUUCAACAAGAAAGUUUGCCGACUACCCACGCAGGAGCAAGAGUUUUGCUUCCAAGUUGUUGUAGCCACUUUGAAUUGUAC